AUGACGAUCGAGGUCUCCACCCCGUCGCCCGCGGGCACGCCCCCGAAGCCCCCGCAGCGCGAGUCAUCAUCGUCCUCGAAAAAGCUCAUCAAAGAUCAGCUCGCGCUCGUGGACGUCAAGACCGCGGACGGCGGCACCCGCAAGGAGAUCGCACGGUUCGAGGAUGACCUCACGUUCGAUAAGGGUUUCUUCCUCACCAUCCGCGCGAUCCAACUCCUGAAGUCUAACUCCCAGGGCCGACCGAUCCUCGUCGGCGUCGCGGGGCCAUCGGGCGCGGGCAAAUCGGUCUUCUGCCAAAAGAUCCAGGAGUUCAUGCCCGGCGUCUGCGUCCUCACGAUGGACAUGUACAACGACGCGAGCAUGCUCGUGGAGGGCAACUUCGACGAUCCGCGCCUGACCGAUUACGAAACCUUGAACCGAAACCUCGAGGACCUGAAGGCGGGCAAGACGGUGGAGGUGCCAAUCUACGAUUUCAAGCAGUCGAAGCGGGUGGGAUACCGAACGCAGGAGUGCCCGCCGUCAAACGUGAUCAUCAUCGAGGGGAUCUACGCCCUCAGCGAUAAGCUCAGGCCGCUGCAGGACCUGCGUGUGAGCAUCAGCGGUGGCGUGCACUUCGAUCUCGUCAAGCGCGUCAUGCGCGACAUCGACCGAAGCGGACAGGAGCCCGAGGACAUCAUCCACCAAAUCUCCGAGACUGUGUACCCGAUGUACAAGGCUUUCAUCGAGCCCGACCUGCGAAGCGCGCACCUGCGCGUGGUGAACAGUUUCAACCCGUUUGCGGGGUUCCAGGACCCCACGUAUAUCCUCAAAUCCACGAAAGUCGUGCAGGAGGAUGACGUCCGCGCGGUGCUUUCCGACGACUACACCUCCGUCGCCGAGCAGGAGACCACCGACAUCUACCUCCUACCCCCGAACGAGGACCCCGAGACGUGCACGUCGUGGCUUCGCAUGCGCAACCGCAACGGGCGAUACACGCUGAUGUUCGAAGAGACUGUGUGCGACGGGGACGUGAUGAUCUCGCCCCGGAUCAAGUUCGAGGUGGGCGUUCGCAUCUUGGGCGGGCUCAUGGCCUUGGGGUACGAGGUUGGCGCCAUCAUGAAGCGCCGGAGUAGGUCGUACAGCGACGAGAUGCUCGAGGUGAAGAUCGACUGGAUCGAGGGUUUGGACAGGUCGUUCACGCAGAUCCAGGGUAAGGUUCGCGCGGCGGUGGAGGAGGCGGGAACCAAGCUGGGCCUCGACGGGACCUACGUGCCCCACAGCUACAUCGAGCAGGUGCAGCUCGAGGAGAUGACCGAGGAACUGCGCAACCUGACCGAGGAGAUGAAGGACAAAUUCGUGAUGGCGGCGAACAGGAGCUCGAUGGACAUCCCGCACCUCGAGCGAUCAAACUCGGGAUUCGGCCUGGGUUCCAUUCGCAGCAGGCAGGAGCGCGCCGCGAAGCAAGAGAGCGUGACGCGACUGCAGGACGCCGUGCGCAAGCGCCGGUCGGAACGCGGUAACGGUAACGGUAACGGCGACCAGUGGGGCAGCCAGGAUCAGGUCUUCGCCGACGCCGCCGCCGUGCUCAACUCGCCGAGGCCGCCGUCGUCGCAGGGGCGUCGACGCCCGCCCGUCGCGACACCGAAAACCCAAGCCCGGCUCUCGUCCGGCGCGCUGGGCGCCAACGGCACCGAACGCCUCCCCUUCAACAACGGCGGCGAACGCGCCCCCUUCAACGGCGACUCCGCGGCGAACGGGAGGGACGGGGGCGACGACUCCAACGAGCACUCGGGCGGGAGCGAUCAGGAUGCGUCGGGCGGAUACGGCUUCGCCGCCAUGGCGCGCGCGACGUCGCCGUCGCCGUACCGACCGGAGGCUGUCGUCGGCGGCGUCGGGGUGUUCGAGCCCCUGCACGUGGCGGCGCUCGAGUCGCGCGUGCACAUGCUCUCGCAGCGCGUGGACGACAUAGCGCAGGCGCACCUGCGAAGCGUGUCCGCGAUGGGAUCGCCGUCGAUGGGCGAUCAGGGCGCGGCGCAGCUGCAGGCGCAGGCGGCGACGAUCAACUCGCUGAUGCAGUCGCAGAUGAUGCUCACCGCGAAGAUCGACGCGCUCGCGAACUCGGUGAAGAUGAACGAGUCGGAGGGGAGGAUGAGGAUGUACCUCGCGGCGGCGGGUGGCGCGGCGGCGGCGAUGCUGGCUCUGCGGCUGUUCGACUCGCAGCGGUGA